UGGUAUUCUUUCCGAAAGAAGGCCACUGAAUUAUCAGCCACAACUGGAAUUUGGCAGCACCAUAACCGUCCGCCGGUGGAAGAAGAAGAAGAGAAGCUAGCGGCCGGCGGUGAAGGAAGAAGAUAAGCUAGCGGCCGGCGGUGAAGGAAGAAGAUAAGCUAGCGGCCGGCGGUGGAGGAAGAAGAGAAGCUAGCGGCCGGCGGUGGAGGAAGAAGAGAAGCUAGCGGCCGGCGUUGUGGAUACUGCCUGCCUAAUAGGAGGAAUUUCAAUUGGUUGUAGAAAAAGAGAGGAAUAAAGCUCGAAAUAAGUCAUGAAUACAUGUUUCUGUUCAGCAAUUCGCUCUUUACCUUCCACUACAGGAAAUGACAACGCUAGAUGGAUUCUAAAUCCUAAUGACAAUCGAAUAGUUCAAUUAUCUUCUCUUACUUUCAGAAAGAAGAAUUCAUGGAGGCUUUCCAGAGUUUUUCAGGAGGAGAAGAUAGGUUUAGUUUCUGAUAAUGAUCUCAUUUCGACGAUUAGAUCUCCGGUAUCUGAAACUGAUCAAAGUGAUGAGACUGAGAUAGAUAGUAGUUCUCCUGUUGCUGAAGUUGAAGAAGAAGCUUCGGAUUUGUUGGCAAAAGAUUCACCGAAAAAAUUUGUAAAAAAGAAACAAGUCGAGGAUGAGGAUGAAGAUAGAAGAUUCACUUUACGAAACGGUAGAGAGGUUUUUGAAGAAAAGGCCUACCUUGUUGGCGUUGAACACAAAGGAGACUUGCGGGAUUCUUUUGGUAUAGAGGAAUCUCUCAAGGAACUGGCUCAGCUUGCUGAUACUGCUGGGCUGAUGGUUGUUGAUUCUACCUAUCAGAAACUUUCUAAUCCAAACCCAAAGACUUACAUUGGAUCUGGCAAGGUUGCUGAAAUAAAGAGUGCCAUUAAAGCGUUGGAUGUCGAGACUGUAAUAUUUGAUGAUGAGCUUUCUCCUGGUCAAUUGCGAAAUUUAGAAAAGGCUUUUGGUGGGGAUGUAAGAGUAUGUGAUCGAACUGCUCUCAUCCUGGAUAUCUUCAACCAGAGGGCAGCAACACACGAGGCAGCUUUACAGGUUUCUUUGGCUCAAAUGGAAUAUCAAUUGCCCCGACUUACUAAAAUGUGGUCUCACCUUGAAAGACAAGCUGGAGGUAGGGUUAAGGGUAUGGGUGAGAAACAAAUUGAAGUGGACAAACGUAUUUUACGUACUCAGAUUGGUUCUCUUAAGAAGGAGUUGGAAACUGUUCGUAAACAUAGAAAGCAGUACCGUAAUCGGCGUGUAUCUGUACCUGUACCUGUUGCGUCUUUGGUGGGCUACACAAAUGCGGGGAAGAGCACACUUCUAAAUCGGUUAACUGGGGCCAAUGUUCUUGCUGAGGAUCGGUUGUUUGCAACACUUGAUCCAACAACUAGAAGAGUACAGAUGAUGAGCGGGAAGGAGUUUCUUCUCACUGAUACUGUUGGAUUCAUUCAAAAGUUACCAACUACACUGGUUGCUGCCUUCAGGGCAACACUGGAGGAAAUCGCAGAAUCAUCACUUAUAGUUCAUGUGGUUGAUAUUAGUCAUCCACUGGCUGAGCAGCAGAUAGAGGCUGUCGACAAAGUUCUUUCACAACUAGAUGUGUCGUCAAUUCCAAAAUUGAUUGUCUGGAACAAGGUUGAUCAAGCUAGCGAUCCUAAAAAAGUUAGACUGGAAGCAGAUAAAAGAGAAGAUACAUUGUGCAUCUCAGCCUUGACUGGCGACGGUUUGGAUGAAUUUUGCGAAGUCGUUCAGGAAAAACUAAAGGACUCAAUGGUAUGGGUGGAAGCUUUGAUUCCCUUCGACAAAGGGGAGCUUCUUAGUACCAUACAUCGAGUGGGAAUGGUCGAGAGAAGUGAAUAUACAGAGAACGGGACAGUGGUGAAGGCGCAUGUCCCUCUACGUUAUGCUAGGCUUCUGACCCCAUUGAGACAGUUGUGCAUUACUUAACCAUAUUUCAUUGUGUUCUUGAUCUUCUAAGUACUCUGUAUAUAUGUAUAAAUUACUGAUCAUAAAAUUAUUAUAUACAGAAUACAACUUGAUCUUGUUUUUCUUUUACAUUACAAUUUGAGGUAGAAAUAUCUUAACCCA